AACUCCCACCCAACUCCCUCCCUUUCACCGCACUGCACUCCUACCCAUCUACAAACUCCAACCUCUUCUUUAACAACCCACCCAACUCCCUCCCUUUCACCGCACUGAACUCCUACCCAUCUACAAACUCCAACCUCUUCUCCAACUCCCACCCAACUCCCUCCCUUUCACCGCACUGAACUCCUACCCAUCUACAAACUCCAACCUUUUCUCCAACUCCCACCCAACUCCCUCCCUUUCACCGCAGUUAACUCCUCCCCAUCUACAAACUCCAACAUCUCACAAAUGCUCCACUCGUCCCCUCUCACCUCCAAAACCGUUUUGCCCCAAAACCUAAAACACAGCGCGACUUACGCCCAUGUCUAGGUGGAAUACCCGACCUCGGGUAUUUUUUUACCCGACCGGGUCGGGUACCCGUUACCCGACACGUCGGGUAACAUUUCGGGUAGCGGGUAUUGAUACCCGGCCCGGGUAACCCGGACCCGACCCGCCGGGUAAUUUUCAGGAUUUCUGAUACCCGACCCGCCCUAAAAGCGGGUCCGGGUACCGGGUACCCGACCCGGUCAGGUAGUUUGCUCAACCCUACUUGCAGGUGGUGCGUCCGGGCGGAACGAGGUUCGGUACACAAUUUAUCGCAUUGUCUCGGCUUUGUGAGGUCAAACUGUCGCUGCUACAGAUGGUGCACACUGAUGAAGUUGCCAUUCAUGGCGAUGCGAGCAACUGAUUCCACGGCGAAAGGGAUGAUGGGCAGAUUCUAUGAUCACAUGCUACAGCUGACUGUGGAUGUGAAGCAGCUGCUUGAGGGGGAGGAUGGGCAGGAACUGCUGACGAGGGGGGAGGAAAGGGAGAUUAACAAGUUUGUCAAGACGCGCUGGGAUGGCAGCCUUCCUUGCCCCCUCCACGUGGUUGGUCGGAUCCUUAAUCCGGGCAACCAGGUGGAAGAGAUCUUCCCGGAUGAUGUGGAGUGCACCAAAAGAUCGCUUGGCCGUGAAGGAGGGAAGGGUUGCAUGGUGCAUUGGUGGACCUGGCACGGCACCGACUGCCCGGAGUUGGCCAAGCUUGCUUGCCGUGUCCUCACUCAGCCGGUGUCUGCUUCUGCAUGCGAGCGCAACUGGGCAGUGUGGGAUUCGGUCCACACUGCUUGGCGCAACAAGCUCGGCUCGGAGAAGCUGAAGGAUUUGGUUUACAUUGCGCACAACUGAGGGGGCACGGGAGGCUGGUGUUAGGGUUUGCCCGCAGCAUGGUGUUGCACAGCAUGAAGUGGAGUACUCGCAGCGGCUGGUUGUAGGGAAGAUGCAUCCUGGUUGUGUUGCAUGGGAGAGGGGGUAGGUGUGUGUGAUGUGAUGGAUGGAUGUUAGGUUGGCUUGUGAAUGUACCCC